AUGAGGUCGAACGGCGUGACAACGAAAAAGGAGUUUCGACAUGUCUAUCGGAGUAUUUCUGGAAGUAGCAAGAAUCCGACCGACAUCAAAACGGCUUAUCAGAUUUUGUCGUGCUGCGGAAAAACGGUAAUUCAGUCGCAUUUACGAGCGGAAUGGCCACUAAAUUGCGAGACCAUUUCGCUGGAUGCGCUUUUCGAUAUUUAUUCUCGUCUCGGCGAUCUUUGUAUUGAGGAAGAGGAGUUGCGUCAGAUGAAAAAUCGUAAUAUUAAAUUCGAUCAAGUCGUUGACUCAAUAGAACCGGAAGGAUUGAUUAGCAAACAACUUGUUGAAGAUUGUCUCAGAAAUUAUACCAAUGAGGAUGGGACCAUUGACAUUGAGAAACUGGUAAAAGCUUCGGAAGAAACGAGAGAUAAGCUUUUGGUAAAUCUAAUGUCGCACACAGAUUCUCCAACGAUAUCCGAACAUUUUGAAGAGGUUACCGUCUCAAAACCAACAGAAGAAGUGAUUGAGAAAUCGGACACCUUUGGACAACUAAAAGCCCAAGUCCGCGGAACGCUUGCGAUUUCCCCGAGACUUCAAGCCAUUUUCUUUAGAAUCGAUGUUGACGAGCCAACCGAAUGCGAGCUAGUACUUUCACUUUCAAAAAAUUCCGAUCUUCCACCUGGUCAUUUUGCUAAUGAUUUGUUCCUUUUCGUCGCCAGAGAUGGCGAAAACCCAAAAAUGGUUGGAGUCACGAAAUUCGUUUUGAAAAAUGAACGAUAUAGUACCGGAACAAUUGAAGUAGCGAGAAACGACCAAAUUAUUAUUCUAGGAAUGGGCACCUCGUUUAUUAGGAGGAAGUCGACCAGGGAGCGUAUUACCUUGAUUGAACCUGAUGGAAAGUUGAGCAAGAGAUUCAAGGUUACAUUAAUGAACAUAUUCGACGCGUUUGAUUCCGAUCAGGAUGGGGUUCUGAAGCGAAAUGAGCUUAACUUUUAUACAAUUGCUAGUGGAGAUACCGCCCUAACCGACGAUGAAUGGGCUCUGUACCAUGACAAUUUCGAUUUUCGCGAUGGCGGAAUGACAAUGGAAGGAUUCAUUAAAAUGCACCAGAUCGAAGCUUCCGACACUGGGGAUCAUGUGCUUGCAGACUUGUGGCAUUCGUUGAAUAUCCUUGGAUACGACACUGAACUCCAGUCAAUAUAUGGUUGCUCUUAUGACAUUUUUGCACACGCGGAAAAAGAUGUUCGAUUGGAGCCUUAUUUCCAAUAUGUGACAGUUGUUGAAAGGAAUUUAGUUCUUGAGAAACUUUAUGACGCUGGAAUUGAGCAAGAUUUGUGUGUUCUCAAGCCGCAUUUAUUUCAAACUGAUUACUUUGGUCUACUGAUCGCCAGAUGGAGUGAUGAACAUAGGGAUAGGCGAUUCAGAUUGAAAAUUGAUGAUACGGAAAACGUUAGAUGGAAUUUCCCGAAUGGCAAGGAAGGUUCAAUCAAAUUUGACGAAUCCGAUGGAGAAUGGAUUCUCGUGUGCUCUUAUACAACAACCAAUAAAAACGCAAAUGUUAAAGUUGAACUUAUUGACAGCGAAUAA